ACAUUCAAAGAGCCAGAAAAUCAUCACUGAAGGACACAACGUUUUCUUCCACCAGUAGAGAUUAUUAGUUACUGGGCAACUACUCAGAAGCUUUAUAAGGGACCAGAAACUAAAGAGAAUUAGAUUAAUGAACCAUGGAAGACUGCUUCAGGAGCAAACAAGGUCUGUGUUUUUUACUGUUCCUUUGUGUGACUGAUGUACUGUGUGUCUCAAUUCAUUAUUCUGUGCCUGAAGAAAAGAAGACUGGGUCUCUGGUGGCUAAUGUUUUGAAAGAUUUGAAACUGGGGAUUGGGGAGCUCUCUGCUCGUAGAGCUCAGUUAGUGUCCAAAAGCUCUAAGCAGUAUUUCCAUCUUGAUGCCCACUCUGGGGCUCUACUCAUAAAUGAGAAAAUAGACCGAGAGGCUCUGUGUGGUCAGAGUGAGCUUUGCUUAUUACAGAGUGAAAUUGUGCUCCAAAACCCCUUAGAGUUCUUUACCAUUGAGAUGAAGGUGGAAGAUGUAAAUGACAAUGCUCCCAGAUUUUCUAAAAAUGAUUUUCAGCUGGAAAUUCCUGAGAAUGUUUCCCCAAAUACAAGAUUCCGCUUGGAAUCUGCUCAAGAUGUGGACCUGGGAGAAAACAGCAUUCAAAACUACACCCUGAGUCCCAAUGAGUAUUUCAGGCUUGGAAUAGAAACCAAGAAGGAUGGACGAAAAUCCGUGGAUCUUAUUCUGGAGAAACCUCUAGAUAGAGAAAAGCAACCACAUUUGGAACUGAUACUUAUGGCUUUGGAUGGAGGGCUACCUCAGAGAACAGGAACAAUUCAAAUAAAUAUUAAUAUCUUAGAUAUUAAUGAUAAUUCACCACAGUUUACUCAAUCUGAAUAUGAAGUACGUUUAAAGGAAAACAGUCCUCGAGAUACUCUUGUGUCCAAAGUGGAAGCCACAGAUUUAGAUUUCGGUUCAAAUGCUCAGAUCACCUACGCUUUCCAUCGAGUGCCUGAAACAAUAUCUAAUUUAUUCGACUUGAAUGAAAUGACUGGAGAAAUCACAGUUAAGGGAGAAAUUGAUUAUGAGAAAGAGACCACUUAUGACAUGAGCAUCAAAGCAACUGAUGGAGGGGGCCUUUCUGGACACUGCAAUGUUCUGGUAGAGGUUGAGGAUGUGAACGACAAUGCCCCUGAAAUUUCAGUCAUAUCCCUUACUGAUAUAAUCCAAGAGGAUUCUCCCCUGAACACAGUGGUUGCUCUCUUUAGUGUUACAGAUCGUGACUCUGGGGAUAAUGGCAAAACUAUGUGCUCUGUUGAGAUGAACCUUCCCUUUGUAUUGAGAAGCACCAAGAAUAACUACUACCAACUUAUAAUCCAGAGCUCUCUCGACAGAGAGAGAGUCUCUGAAUAUAAUGUCACCAUCACAGCCACAGACCAGGGAUUUCCUAGGCUCAAUUCAACAAGAAUUAUCCAUGUUCAAAUAUCAGAUGUCAAUGACAACACCCCAGUUUUUGAAAAGACUUUAUUUGAAAUGCAGUUACAAGAAAAUAAUAUUCCAGGACUACUUAUUGGUUCAGUCCAGGCUGUUGACCUAGAUAUGGAGCAGAAUGGCAAAAUAAGUUACUCGCUUUUGCCUGGGGAACUUGGUGGUAGCCUUGCAGCCUCUUACAUCUCCAUCAACUCUGAAACUGGAAACAUGUAUGCCCUCCGAUCUCUAGACUAUGAGCAAAUAAAAGAUUUUAAAGUCACAGUGAGGGCUAAAGAUGGUGGUACUCCUCCUCUGAGCUCUGAUGUUGUUGUGCGAGUUGUGAUCACAGAUGAAAAUGACAACGCUCCCUUCUUCCUCUAUCCCCUUCAAAAUAGCACAUCACCCUGCAAUGAGCUGCUGCCCAAGAUGGCAGAGGCUGGAUAUCUGGUCACCAAAGUGGUGGCUGUGGAUCGAGAUUCUGGUCAGAACUCUUGCCAAGUUAGUAUCUGGUGUCUGAAGUCCAAAACAAAUGGAGGACUAAAGAUUGAAAAGAAAAGUGGAUCUCUGGUGGCUAAUGUUUUGAAAGAUUUGAAAUUGGGGAUUGGGGAGCUCUCUGAUCGCAGAGCCCAGCUAGUGUCUAAAGGCUCCAAGCAGUAUUUCCAUCUUGAUGCCCACUCUGGGUCUCUACUCAUAAAUGAGAAAAUAGACCGAGAGGCUCUGUGUGGUCAGAGUAAUCUUUGCUUAUUACAGAGUGAAAUUGUGCUCCAAAACCCCUUAGAGCUCUAUACUAUUGAAGUGAAGGUGGAAGAUGUAAAUGACAAUGCUCCCAGAUUUUCCCAAAAUGAUUUUCAGCUGGAAAUUCCUGAGAAUGUUCCCCCAAAUACAAGAUUCCCCUUGGAAUCUGCUCAAGAUGUGGACUUGGGAGAGAACAGCAUCCAGAACUACACCCUGAGUCCCAAUGAGUAUUUCAGGCUUGGAACAGAAAGCAGUGAUGGAAGAAAAGCCGUGGAUCUUAUUUUGGAGAAAUCUCUAGACAGGGAAAAACAACCACAUUUGGAGCUGGCACUUAUGGCUUUGGAUGGAGAGCAAAGAAGCCAUGGCUGUGCUGCGACCAUCAGCGAGCUCCCUGUUGACAAGAAGAGGCUCAUUACUGCCCUUCGCAACGAAGCUCACUUGGUUGGAGGACAGCAGAUAAUCUCAGCUAGAGACUCCACUGAUUGUGCCUCCAAGAUUUUGUUGGGAUCCAUUGCCCUCAGACGCCACACUUGGCUUUGCUCCUCAGAGCUCACUUCACAGGCCAGAUCGACCAUAGAGGAUAUGCCCUUCGACAACUCUGGGUUAUUCAGCCAAGAGACUGAUGAAAGGUUUAAUUUCCACUACAGAAUGAAAACAGCACCAAAGAAGCAUGGCAGGUCCUCAUCCUCAACACGGUCACCACGUCAGAGAUAUGGGUCCCAAUGUCCUUGGUACCCUCCAAACCAACAUCGUCCAUACCAACAACAGGAGUGUCAAUACCAGGCUCAGGACAGACCUCCUCAGCGUCAUACUUCUCAGUCUCCUUCUGUCUCCUCUGAUCGACGACAACCUUCUCAGCCUAGAUACCAACAAGGCUAUAAGAAGAAGGACACUUGA